CGUGCCCGGAGCCGGGCGGGUGAUGGGGCAGCGCCCGGGGCCGCAGAGCGCCGAGCCACGAGCAGCAGCCUGACCCUGCUGGGCUCGCACAUCCCUCCUGCUCCUCUCGUGUCCUGCACCUGCCCGGCCGUGGCCUCCAGCCGCAGGGUCACACACCCCUGAGCAACCCACCCUGCGGGGCUCCUGCGGGAGCUCCGAGCGGUGCUCGGCUGGACCUGGGGAUCUGCAGCGGGUGAUGCAGUGUGGUGCCUGCCUGGGGAUGCUGGGGGCUGCUCUGGGAAUGCCUGGCUCCCCGAGCGCAAAGUGACUGCAACUAACACGAGCUUGGGACUACUUCUGGGAAGAUGCCCUGCGUGCCUCCGGUCAUUCCUCUCCGGCCUCAGCGCAGAAUAUUUGGAGUUGCUAGCCUCCUUCUGUCGAGGGGGGACAAAGGCAGAGGCCUCCAGAGGGUUAAGAGCAUCUGCUUUUACGCCAAGUGUUUGAGCAGGAAAUAAUCUGCAGAGAUACAUGUGCAGCAAUUCAACUGCUGCUGCUCUGCCAGGCUGCCGCCGCUGCAGUUGGGGCUGGGAGAGGAGCCGUGCUGCUCACAGAAGAUGCUUUCUUGGUGUGUCCGGAGCUCCAGGCAUGGCAGCAGAGCCCCGGCUGUCUGAGCUGGGGUAAAUGUCUCCAGCCAAGAGGAAUUAUGUUGGCUUGCUUUCUCUGUCGGCUCACGGAGGACCAGCUCUCUUUUUGCUGCUGUCACCCAGGAUGAAAGGCUGCAGAUACCCCAGGGCUGCAGCUGAGCUUUCAGUGAGAUGAGAACUGCACAGAUGCACCAGAGCAGCCCAGGCAGCCACUUCUGGGAAGAUGAUGAAAAAGUAAAGUCUGCCUAAUGGAUCCCAGUUCCUCCUCCUUCCCUUUUGGCAGCCCUUCAUGGUGACACAGAAGAUCUCCCUGGCACGUGUGAGUCUCCUCCCUGGUGAGCAGCUCAGCCCAGUGCCACCCCAGGCUCUGAGUGCUUUGGGAAGAGCCCUCUGAGUUCCUGCUAGGGCAGCCCUGAGCCACCAACCUGCCCAGCUCAUCACCCAACCUGCUCUGGAGCAGCUCAGAGGGGCUGAAUCCCCCAUUCCUGCUGUGCUGCCACAUCUGCUCCACGCGGAGGAGAGCUGGGGCUCCGUGUCUCCGUGGGAUCCUCGCCCUGCUCACCCACGGCCUCUGCUGCUCCUGCCCCUGCCAGCUGCUCCUCCACCCACCAGAUGUGCAAGAGGCUGCAGAGGGCUCCCCUCCCUGAGCACAGGUGCUCUCCUUCCAGAAAAAAAAUGGUGAACUUGGGAACCAGCUGGAGAUUGCAAAGUCUCCUUUCCCUUGAGGCUGGUGGACAAUGGUCAUCCUCUACCACACCCAAGGAAAGCAGAGGAGCUCCACGCUAACUUCUGUAAGCUCUGCUUCACUAUGGAAGAUCAAAUGAUUUUCUGGCUCAGGUUUUGUGAUCUGCCUUGGACCUGGAGUUUGGAAAAGGGAUCGUCUCUGAGGCACGGUUAAGAGACAGAGCAACCAGCCCCAGACAAUGAGCACUUUAAGUAGCACUGGAAUAUUGCUCAGCUUAACAACAGUGUCUGUUACACUGGAUUUCAGUUUGCAUGGUGGUCUGAUGGCUUGGUCCUUGAGCAGCAAUUUGACUCUGAACCAGAGUUUGCCUACAUCUGAUCCUCUCAACACCUCUGAGAAGGGCGAAGUCUCUCGGAUGUCCGUGAGGGAGAAGAAUUGGCCGGCCCUCCUGAUCUUGGUUGUCAUCCUGCUGACCAUUGGGGGGAACAUAUUGGUAAUUAUGGCUGUGUCCUUGGAGAAGAAGUUGCAGAAUGCCACAAACUUCUUCCUGAUGUCUCUGGCAGUGGCAGACAUGCUGGUGGGUAUCCUGGUCAUGCCCGUGUCGCUCAUUGCAGUCCUGUACGAUUAUGCUUGGCCUUUGCCUAAACAGUUGUGCCCUAUAUGGAUUUCCCUAGAUGUGCUCUUUUCAACUGCAUCUAUUAUGCAUCUCUGUGCCAUCUCUCUUGAUCGGUACGUAGCAAUUCGCAAUCCCAUUGAGCACAGCCGCUUCAAUUCCCGCACCAAGGCCAUUAUGAAAAUUGCUGCAGUUUGGACCAUAUCCAUAGGGAUAUCCAUGCCUAUUCCAGUCAUUGGUUUGCAGGAUGACUCCCGGGUGUUUGUAAACGGGACCUGCGUCCUGAAUGAUGAGAACUUCGUCCUCAUUGGAUCCUUCAUGGCUUUCUUCAUCCCCCUCAUCAUCAUGGUGAUCACGUAUUGCCUGACUGUCCAGGUGCUGCAGAGACAGGCCACGGUGUUCAUGUGUGGAGAGGUGCCCAAGCAGAGGAGGAGCAGUGUGAACUGCCUCAAGAAGGAAAACAACACAGAGAACAUUUCAAUGCUUCACAAUCACGAGGGGGCCUCCCACUUGAACUCCCCUGUCAAUAAGGAGGCGGUGCUGUUUCGGAAAGGAACGAUGCAGUCUAUCAACAAUGAGCGAAGAGCCUCCAAGGUCCUGGGCAUCGUCUUCUUUCUGUUCCUCAUCAUGUGGUGCCCGUUUUUCAUCACUAAUGUCAUGUCUGUGCUUUGCAAGGAAGCCUGUGACAAAGACCUGUUGAGUGAGCUGCUGGACGUGUUUGUUUGGGUGGGGUACGUGUGCUCCGGGGUCAAUCCCCUGGUGUACACCCUCUUCAACAAAACCUACCGCAGGGCUUUCUCCAACUACAUCCGCUGCCAGUACAGGCCUGGCAAAAAAUCAGCCCUGAGGCAGAACCAGUGUCUGAACGUGACCUCAACAGCUUUGUAUGGGAAGGACCUGACUUUAACCAGUUAUAGAAACGGCAAUGAGUUCAAUAGCAUGGAACUGGAUGAAGCUGAGGAGGGCCUUGAGAUGCAACCGGGGACUUCAGAGCUCUCCAUAAACAGCUGUAAUGUUGUAAGUGAAAGAGUGAGCUGUGUGUAAAAGUGACUGUCACAGACCUUUGCUACGAGAUAACUGUAGCCAAAAUAUAUUGUGUAAAAAUGUAAGCGUCGGUCAAAGGACUAUGUAAAUAUUGCAUUCUGAACAAAGCUUUUGGUUUUUUUUAAAGAGAAAAAAGAAUUGUCUUUCCAGUCCAGUACUUAAAAUAAUAUAUAUUAAUAUACUGCAGUGAAGUUUAAGGUUCUAUAUUUACUGUUAAUACUAGAUCAGAACUAUUAGUUACUUUGCAUAUGUCAUGGACAAAAUGUUUGAAUUCUUCUUCCAGUGCAUGAACAAAAAUGCUGAAUAUUUAUCUCAGGUGGAAUUUGCUGGAGUCCAGAAUGGCACGUUAAUAGUUAUAUAUCAAAUACAUGCUAUUAGACUUGGUCAGUAGAACUUUCUUUUUCAAGUUGACAGUAAAUAUAUACUUUAAAUCCUCACCCCUAUUUGUGCCGUGUAAAGACUUUACAGAAACCUGGCAGAGAGACAUCACAACAGCGUAGUGGCCGUGCAGGCACCUGGCCAGACAUGUCCUGUUAAGUGUAGUGGCUUCUGCCAUGCUGGGUCAACCUUGCACUUCAAGGGACCUUUGUUAGAUUCUGGCUCCCUCUCCAAUCCUGCUGUUUUCUUUCUGUCCCUCAGGAGGCUCUGGCUCCCCUAAGAGAGGCAGGGAAUGUGGUUUUGCAGUCCUGGCUGGGAUCAUUUGGGCUGGAGAAGUGUGAGAAGCAGAGUGAUCCCCAGUUACCUAGUUCAAGCAUCCAGUAAAUGGAAGGCCUAGGAUUCAUUAAAAGCCCUCCUCUGGUCUUGCAGGUAACCAUCAGCUGUGGGGUGGAGCAGGCUGUGUGGCCAGCUCUGCCUUCACAGAUUGCUGGAGGACCAGGGGCUUUGGCCUGUCUGAAGAAAAGCACUCUGGCUUUGGAAGAGCCCAAAUCUCUGCUCUUCUCACUCCUCACAUCUAGAUAUUCUUUAGCUGGUUUGCCAUUUGCUUUUAUUUUCCAUCCCAGUGCUGGUGACGGGACAGUGCUUUGGGCACAGAGCAGAAGGUUCUCUGUGUGUGGUGCUGGCCAGGCUCAGGCUGUGAGCAGCAGGAUGUGCCUGCCUGGGGAGUGCUGGAGACAGGAGUGAGAGAGGGUCCCUGCUCCUGUCUCAGGAGGGGCUGGGCAGAGCUGAACACAGCAUGUGACUGGAAUAAUUUGCUGGUGAUACUGUUCUAAAGCAAAUGGUGACCAGGGACAGCAGGGAAGCAGACCUGGAGCUGGUCUGCAUGGAGUAUGAAUCUGGAGUAACUUUAAAAUUUGAUUUAUUCCAUUUUACUCCCAAAUUAUAUUAGAAUAUAUCAUAUUAACACCACUUACAUCUUUAAUGAAAGCAUCCACAUUGGGAUUGAAUGUAUUUUAAGUAAUCUGCUUUUAAUACACACCAUGUAUAAUUUGAAUUAAUUUUCCUCUGCAUUCCUGUGUACACAAACCCUCCAAGGCACUGUGUCUUUCUGGCACUGUGCCUCUGGGGUGAUGCCUCUCAUGCAGAUUUCCUUAUGUGGAGUAUUGUCUAAUGGCAGAUAUCAUCCAUAAGGUUUUUAUAUCUUCAUUAACUACUACACAGAUGCUGCAGUGCCCAUCUAACAUGGAUGCAUUUAGCAUCACUGACAGCCUCUGGCUAAGAUAAUUGUCAGAACACAGAAGCUUACACUAGGCAUGGAUAAAUCACAUUUAUUUACAUGAAUUGCUUGUACUCUCAGCUUCCUGUAUUCAUUCCAUUAAAACUAACUUGUAGAAGAACUGGAAAAUUCGGCCAGUGCUUGAGGUGCUGUUGCAUGGCUGUGUGCAGCUACAACCUUGUCGAGGCCACUACUGAAACACAACAUUUGGGCUGUAUCUGCUGCUGGGUUGAUCCCAGAAUGAUGCACUGAAGUUGAUCAUCCUCUCUCCCUCAUCCCCUCCUGGGAUAAAUCCAUAGUACUUCCCUGCAGGCAGAUGAGGUAUCCCAGUGCAGAGUGCAGAGCUGCUCCAUAUGCCAGCCUGCAGAUAACACUGUGGGCUUGAAUACUUGGGAAUCCACUUGCCUCUCCAAAAAGGUCAAAUAAUCAGCAGGAAAAACACUGGCCAGAGACACAGUUGCGCCUUCAGCAACUGCCCUUUACCCUGAGUCAGAUUUUAUUAUCUCAAAAAGUACAGAAAAAUCAGAAAAAUCACAGUGCAUUUUAAUUUUUUCCCCUUUCAGUGAAUUUAUAGCACAUCUCUUCCAAACAUGUAUGUGUGUGUAUAUAUAUAUAUAUAUACACACACACACUUGUGAGUUUGUUCUUAUAUAUAUACACACAUAUAUAUAUCUAUCUUUCAGAACCAACCACAGACUUUGAAAGCAUUUAGCAAUAAGUUGAAUUACAGUAGCUUCUAGCACAUGUGUAAGUUGUGUGAAUAGCUCAUUUUCCAGCUGGAGCUCAGUGUAAGUGUUCACACAGGCAUUGUCUUUGCAUGGGAGCCUUCAUGUCUCACCCUUGCCAGUUCUGUUGUAUGGGCAAAAAGGGAACCUGCUAUAUUUGGAUGUAAAUAAUGAGAAUUGAACAGAGAAUUUUCAGAAUUUUUAUAAGUGUUUUUAAAAAAAAUUCAGCGCCAGAACUGUAAAUAUGCCAACCUCAGCUGGACCUGUUCUGAUGUCCAUCUCAUGUCUGGAUGAAGAGCCAAGGGGACUGACUGCCUUACAGCGCCUGCGUUCCUCCCAGCCAGCAGGGGAGAACAUUUCUCUGAAUGGUUAAAAACUGUCACUACCCAACUUUCUUUGGGUCAUUCACAUCAGGGUUUUGUGAUGCUGCUAUUAAUUUAUUAAAGAAAGUUUGUUGGUUUAA